AGCGCUCCCUGCCCUUUGGAGGCGCGGAGGGGUCGACUCUGGAGCAGAGGGCACGAGCCGGAUCUGGGGCUUCCUUCCUGGACGCGCGUCAUUGUCUGUGCCCCCCCCCCCCCGGCCCCUGCUGCCGUCUGAGCUCCGCCCCUCGGCCUCCGCAAGGAGAACGGUUAGAUCAUAACCAAGUGAACAAAGGCAUCUUUCCACCGAUGGAGGUGACGCAAUAGAAGGAGAUGGGAAAGCAGGACCAAGAAGGACCUGGGACUGGCAAGAGAGCAAGCAAAAGGCCGCUUCCCCUCCAAACUGGGAGUGCGGUUGAAUUCUGGAAAAGGGCUGGGCCAGAAAUCCCACCUAAAGACACCGUGACCUCAGAUGUACAUUGCCGACGCUUCCAGCAGUUCCGCUACGAUGAGGCCGAAGGGCCCCGAGAGGUUUGCAGCCAGCUCCAUGGACUUUGCAGCCAGUGGCUGGAGCCGGAGAGGCACACCAAGAAGCAGAUUGUGGAGCUGGUGAUCCUGGAGCAGUUCCUGACUCUCUUGUCCCAGGAAAUGCAGGACUGGGUCAGAGGAUGUGGGCCAGAGACCACUUCCCAGGCAGUGGCCCUGGCCGAAGGUUUCCUCCUGAGCCAGGCAGAGGAGAAGAGGCAGGCAGGACAGAUGUGGGAACCAUCCCGGAAGAGAGGAGCUACGUUUCUUGAGGUGGAUGGAGCUUCCUGGGAGCAAGCGCAGAGGGCACAGGCUGUGGAGCGUGCCCAAGAUGCCCUCUCCUGUGGAACAGGCAGUGGAGAGAUGCUGUUGAGCCGUCGUCUUUUCAGAGGUGUGGAAACGGCUGCUGUGCCUCCCAUCCAGGGAGCCUUUUCCUUUGAGGAGGUGUCCGUCUCUUUCUCUGACGCAGAGUGGGCCCUGCUGGAUCCGGGACAAAGAGCUCUCUACCGGGAAGUCAUGCUGGAGAACUACGGGAACGUGGCCUCUCUGGCAGAGGAGGAUCAGAGGAAUGAGGAGGGUGAGGAAUUUCUUCUGCAAUUUCCUGAUAAUGUUAAUAAUGAAGACUUACAAGGAAAUGUCGGGAAUCGAAGCAGACCUAAAAGAAAGAAAGGCAGCCGUUUGGUUGAGAAGAGGGAUGGAAUUAAGCAGAAUGUACAUUUCCCAAAGUACAAUAUAAUGAAGGGAAAUAAAUCCAUUCAGUGUGGAAAGUACAUCAAAUAUAGAUCACAGCUUCUUGUGAAACAAAGAAGACAAAUAAGACAAAAACGUUUUGAAUGUUCAGAGUGCGGAAAGAGAUUCAGUCGGAGGUGCCAUCUUCUGCGUCAUCAAAGAACCCACACAGGGGAGAAACCUUUUGAAUGCUCAGAUUGUGGAAAGAGAUUCGAUUACAGGGCGUCUCUUCAAGAGCAUCAAAGAACCCACACAGGGGAGAAACCUUUUCGAUGCUUAGAAUGUGGAAUGAAAUUCAGUCAGCGUGGCCAUCUUAAGCAGCAUAAAAGUAUCCACACAGGGGAGAAACCUUUUGAAUGCUCUGAGUGUGGAAAGACAUUCAGUCGGAGUGACACUCUUCGACAGCACCAGAGAACCCACACAGGGGAGAAACCUUUUGAAUGCUCAGCGUGUGGAAAGAGAUUCAAUCGGAGUAGCACUCUUCAACGGCACCAGAGAACCCACACAGGGAAGAAACCUUUUGAAUGCUCAGAGUGUGGAAAGAGAUUCAGUCGAAGUUUCACCCUUCAACAGCAUCAGAAAACCCACACUGGGGAGAAACCUUUUGAAUGCUCAGGGUGUGGAAAGAGGUUCAGUCACAGUGGCACUCUUCAACAGCACCAGAGAACCCACACAGGGGAGAAACCUUUUGACUGCUCAGCAUGUGGAAAGAGAUUCAGUCAGAGUAGCAAUCUUAAACAGCAUCAGAGAACCCACACAGGGGAGAAAGCUUUUGAAUGCUCAGAGUGUGGAAAGAGGUUCAGUCACAGCGGCACUCUUCAACAGCACCAGAGAACCCACACAGGGAAGAAACCUUUUGAAUGCUCAGAGUGUGGAAAGAGAUUCAGUCGGAGUUUCACCCUUCAACAGCAUCAGAAAACCCACCCUUGGUUGAAACCUUUUGAAUGCUCAGCAUGUGGAAAGAGAUUCAGUCAGAGUAGCAAUCUUAAACAGCAUCAGAGAACCCACACAGGGGAGAAACCUUUUGAAUGCUCAGGGUGUGGAAAGAGGUUCAGUCGCAGUGGCACUCUUCAACAGCACCAGAGAACCCACACAGGGGAGAAACCCUUUGAAAGUUCAGUGUGAAAAGAGAUUCAGUACUGGUGGCAAUUUUCAAGUGCACCAAAGAACCCACACAGAGGAGAAACCUUCUGAGCGCUCAAAGUGUGGGAAAUGAUGGAGUUGGAGUAGCAUUUUCCAGAAAUGUUUAAGAACCUACACUAGGAGAAAGCAUAUAACCACUUAGGGCUUGAGAAGAGCAUGUCUCCUUUUUUACAGUGGAAAGACAAAGACAGACCCCAUAAAACACCGAAACAAUACAAACUGUCAAGUAUCCUUGCCACAAAUGAGUUAAAUUGUAUUGUAACGUUCUGGAAGUACCUUCACGCUCUAUAUUGACAAUAACCACCAAUAAAUUGUGUUAUUUAGUCUAUUAUAAGUUGCUUGCUUGCUGGAAUGCAGUAAACAGUAGUAAGAGUGUAACCUGGGAACCAAAGUGUUUUGACUUUGCGUUAUCAGUGACAACAACGGGCUCUGGACAGUGGGAACCAAGAUGCUUGGGGGGAAGGGGCGUGGCGGCAGCUUUCUGCAUUCGCGUCUUUUUCCAAAGUAUAAACUAUGCUGGAGUCAUAGACCUCAAUCUUGACUCCAACCAAACGUGAAUCUAUGCCUUUCCUGAUGCUUUAAUAAACAACCGUUUUGAA